GUCUAAACUUUUGACUAGUACUGUAUUUAUUUUAUAUCCCUCGAUCCAUCUUCUAUACCGCUUAUCCUUUUCAGGGUCACGGGGAACCUGGAGCCUAUCCCAGGGAGCAUCGGGCACAAGGCGGAGUACACCCUGGACAGGGUGCCAAUCCAUCGCAGGGAACGAUAUUUAUUUUAUAUAUACCUGAUUAAUUUUUUACACCAAAAACGAGAAAACUACCGAUCUGGCAACACUAGGAUCUCAUAUCCCAGAAGGCCACAGCGCACCCGGAAGUAGCGUAGAAAGUCAAAGGUUGCCGUUCACUUAGCUAGCUAGCUAGCUAGCUAAAUCCCGAGUUGUUUUGCUAGAGAAGCACUGCUCUUAUCAGGGGAACAGCACCAGACGACUGGAGAUCUUUGUAGCUUUGAAAUGUUUCGUUUGUACAUGUGUUAAAGAGGACAAACGUAUUUUUUUCCGCUCAUCCCACUGUUUCCCCAUAAACAUGACUUCCCGACGCCCAGACAGCUUCGACGGGUUAGGUUACAGAGGCAGGGAGGAGCCGUCAUACGGCGGAGGCUAUUCGGGAAGGUCGUUUAACAGUUCAUCCAACACUGAUCUGCAGCACUGGGUCACCACGCCUCCGGACAUCCCCGGGAGCAGAAACCUGCACUAUGGGGACAGCACGCCGCAGUCUGAAGCGGCUCCUGCAGCCCCCGGGGCCGGAGACGAGUUUCAGUCGGCUGCUUCUCCACCGUCCGAUCAGUUGAACAGAUUUGCUGGGUUUGGGAUUGGUCUUGCAAGCCUCUUUACAGAAAAUGUUCUAGCCCACCCGUGCAUUGUGUUUCGGCGGCAGUGCCAGGUGAAUUACCACGCCAGAUGUUACCACCUGUCACCUUUAACAGCUCUUAAUGUGAUGUACAACGUCUCCAAAACUCAGGGUCCAAAGGCUUUAUGGAAAGGGAUGGGAAGCACUUUCGUGGUCCAGGGAGUGACACUCGGGACAGAGGGCAUCAUCAGCGAGUGCACCCCUUUGCCAAGGGAGCUGCCACACAGAUGGAAUCCCAAACAAAUCGCAGGCCACUUUAUUCUGAAAGGUUUAACACAUGUGAUCGCAUUGCCGUUUUACUCAGCAAGCCUCAUUGAAACUGUCCAGAGUGAGAUCAUUCGGGACAACCCGGGCAUCCUGGACUGUGUGAAGGAGGGCGUGGGGCGUGUCUUGGGUCUGGGCGUGCCCCACAGUAAACGCCUCCUUCCCCUGUUGACGCUGGUUUUCCCUACCGUCCUGCACGGCGUCCUACAUUACAUCAUAAGUUCCAGUGUGCAGAAGCUAGUGCUGUACGUGCUCCGUCGUCGCGGCAGCACCGGCACGUCACCCAAACGCACCGAAUUCGGCAAGGAGACGGUCCAGAACAUGCUAGACGCCUAUUUCCCAGAGCUGAUCGCUAGCUUCGUGGCCAACCUGUGUGCCGACGUGCUACUGUUUCCUCUGGAGACGGUGCUGCACCGGCUGCACAUUCAGGGAACUCGCACCAUCAUCGAUAACACUGACCAGGGCCUCGAGGUGCUUCCUAUUAACUCUCAGUACGAGGGGAUGAGGGACUGCAUAAACGCGAUACGACGCGAGGAGGGUCCGCUGGGCUUCUACAAGGGCUUCGGGACCAUCGUGAUCCAGUACUCACUACACGCAACAGUGCUGCAGAUCACCAAGAUGAUUUACUCAACUCUGCUGCAAAAUGCCUGAGGGGGUGUGUGUGUGGGGGGGGGUUUACAAUGUAAAAUAUGCCAUGCACGGGUCCUUUCUUCUCACUUCAUUUCAUCAGACUGCGUUAUUAUUUCAGGAAGCGCUUGCAUGACACAUCAUUUAGGCUGCUUUCACAUUGUGCUUGUUUUCCCUCCCACAGAAAAAGUGCUGACCACGCCCCUUUGUGUUCUGGUUGGAUAGACUGAUCUGCUAGCUUAUCUGUAUAGACUGUGUUAACGGUAAAACGUGACGUGACAUUGUACGUAAACCUCCUCUCAUUCUCUCUGUAACCCUACUCUACGUUCACACGAGCAGUGACGAAGCGCCACACGACAUAGGUGCUGCGAUUUCACCGGCAGCCGCAAGCGACAGACUGACAUUUAAACUGAGAUGUUCUCACUUCUAUGCAAAUGACAUACGACGCAGUAAAGGGAUUCCUCAGACCCUGUCCUAUGGUGCGCAUGGAUUUUUUUUCCCACGACUAUAGUUCCUACGUGCAGUUAGUUUCACGUUUAAUCUUUCCUCGCGUCAAACGUGUAUAGGGACAUUACAAAGAAAAAUAAAGCUCGGUAGAGAUCGUUCUAGCUUCUGGCGAGUAUAGAUAAGCAAAUAACGUGAGGCCGUUUUUUCUAAUCUGUCAGCGAAUAUAGUAUGAACGUCUAACACAUAACGUGAAUCGAUCCAUCAGUUUUAACACAGAUUAUAGUGCUUUAUUUAUGUGUUUAAAUAAUUCCAUUUACAAGCUACGUAGCUACUAAUAAUCUCAUCAGGACUAAAGUGACAACAGGGACACACCCACAAGAGAAACUACAAGUGAAACUUGUCUCUCUAGUGUGAACAUGACAUAAGAACAAUACAAGCACUCUGUCCUACAUGUCUGUUCGCCCCACAAGCUGCAUCCGGAUUGGUUUGGGCGGGGGUUUUUUUUCUUUUCUUUUCUUUUUUUCCACAACCACUGUGAUGGAGGAAAAAUAAAUCUCAGCAGAAGCGGUGCUUUAUAAUCCGUUUAUUCUGAUCACGUCGGUAUGACCCUGGAGCACAAUUAGAUGACUAAAUGAACCACUUUUCCACCAUUAAACAUGACGUGCUUGAUGUGAUUGUAUUUAUAGUUGAUAGUAGUAAAAAUGAUUUCGGUGUGGUACGCAGUUUCCAGGAUGUUUUUGACAUAAGUACUACAACAGAGAUUAGAGAUUACGUUCAGAUCAUUUUGCCCUGAGGGAAAAGGGAAAAAUGAGUGAACUGAGUUGUCUAAGGGAAAGCCCCAAACGUGAUUGCCUGUUUCCAAAAAUACCAUGGUUUCCAUCAGACCAUUAACGCAUAAAACUUAAAAAUAAAAAAUCUGAUUCUGUCGUCGCUCUGAGCCAAAACCGGAACUCCAAGCCGGAACUUUUUUUAAAAAAGCUACGAUGAAAUAAAUAUGAAUAAUCCUUUUUUCAAAGAGUGUAGCGAGUGUUGAAUCGCGUAUGAAAGACGCGCUGAAAGUCGAGAGAAGGGGGAAAAAAACGCCUAGUGCGAAAGCAGCCUUUAGAUUGAGGAUUUCCUGUUCAAUAAACGGCUAGACGUCAUUUGUUCUACUCGAUCAGCACAGCUAUGUGUGUGUAGCUUUCUACUCUCACGGUCCUCCUUUACUGAUGUAAUCUAAUUCCUCUCACUCUGCCUACAGUACAGCGUUUUCUGUACAAACUCAGAUCCUGGAUUUCCACAGCCUUGCAUAGAUGUGCUUUCUCGUUUUCACACACACACACACACGUUUCACAGGGGUGUUAAACAAAGUCAACUGCUAAACUCUUCAGGACCAGUGUCUAGAGAUUAAUAGUACAUGAACGAUAUAUAAAUUGUAAAGUGUCAUUUAGUCAUUUGCACCCUGGUGAAUAUUUGUAAUGAUGUGUGAAUUAGUGAAAACGUUUCCAUCUGCUUUCUGCCACCUCACUGCGAGGGGUACAGUAUAACUCGCCACAUCGCAGCAGCACUGAUUAUAGUGAUCGUGUCAAAUUUUGACAGCAGCACUUUGUUUGGAAGCAAAUGAAAUGUUUUAGCUGCACUUAGAAUAAAAAUAUAUAUAUAUAUGUAAAGUAACGGCUACUGUGAUUGCGAAUAAAAUGUAUGCAAUUG